UCGUAUAUCCAGCGUCUGCUCCCAAUUCCCUUCUCCUCCUCUCCUUCAUCACCUAACAUACAGUCUCCAAAAUGCCAAACGCACCCACCGGCGAUCCCAAAGACCACGACGUGUCCGAGUUCUCAGAGAAGCUAAGCGGAACAUGUCUCUGCGGUAGCGUGACAGUCACAAUCACCGACAACGAGCUCUUCACGAAACGACGCGGCCAUCUCUGCCAUUGCGCCAAUUGCCGAAAAGUCGCCGGCUCCUACGUCGCGAGCAACUUACUCAUCGAACAAGAGAAAGUGUCAAUCGAAGACAAAGAUGGAACACUGAAGACAUACGAAGACUAUGCGACACUGAGCGGGAAUGCCGUACACAGGACAUUCUGUGGUAAAGACGGGAACCCCAUCAAAUCUGAAACAGAACUCUAUCCGGGCAAAGUCGUGCUCAAAAUGGGCAUCUUCCCUCGAAUUCCGCAACCAGAAGCAGAAGGGUUUGGACUGCAUAAACAUGAUUGGCAAGGUAGCCAUGAUGGCAUUGACACGUAUGAGAUCAAGUGGGCAGGUCCGGAUAAGAAAUUGAUGAAAGAAGGUGCGGAAGAGGAUGAGCCAGAUAUGGUUUCUAAAGGUGUGCAGUAGAAUGCCCUUUUUGACACAACUUGUACAGGAAGCGCGUGAGAACCGGCGACGAUUAACAAGAAGGAUUGUACGUACUGUAAAGCGACUGAAGGCGCCCUAGAUGAGAGACCAAGUGAAGAGCAAAGCUUUGUGACUUCCCUC